AUGUCAAGCAAUACAACAAUUGACGGUUCAUAUGUUACCCCAAGAGGGUACGUAGGUUUUGACACCAUUACGAGUCAAAUUGAGCAUCGUUUGUUGAAAAGAGGUUUCCAAUUCAACGUUAUGGUAGUCGGCCAUUCUGGAUUGGGGAAAAGCACAUUGAUCAACACUUUGUUUGCAUCGCACUUGGUUGAUCCCGCGACUGGUCGCGAUAUAUCCAAGGAUCCCAUCUCGAAAACUACAGAGAUCAAAGUUUCAGCGCAUUCUUUGGUGGAAGAUAGAGUCCGCUUGAACAUUAAUAUAAUUGACACACCAGGAUUUGGAGAUCAGAUUAAUAACGAAAAGGUCUGUGAACCAAUUAUAAAGUAUAUUAAGGAGCAGCACUCCCAAUACCUACGCAGGGAGCUGACUGCUCAACGUGAAAAGCUUAUCCCGGACACCAGAGUUCAUGCCGUUUUGUACUUUAUCCAACCUAAUGGAAAGGUUCUUACUCAGCUUGACGUGUUCGCACUCAAGAGGCUUACUGAGAUCGCCAAUGUCAUACCUGUAAUUGCCAAGGCUGAUGCUUUGACCAUGGAUGAGAGAACAGCAUUUAGGGAAAUCAUACAGCAGCAGUUCGAGCACUAUGGAUUUAGAAUUUAUCCAUAUCAAUCAGAUGAUCUGACUGAAGAGGAGAUUGAGCUGAAUGAAAGCAUAAGAUCAAUCAUUCCGUUUGCCGUAGUUGGCUCUGAAAAAGAGAUUACCAUAAAUGGCGAGCUCGUCAGAGGCAGGAAAACCAGGUGGGGAGCCAUUGCAGUGGAAGACAUUAAUCAAUGCGAGUUCGUCUUUUUGAGGGAGUUUUUGGUCAGGACACAUCUUCAAGAUCUGAUCGAAACAACUGCUCUUGUUCACUACGAAGGGUUCCGGUCACGGCAAUUGAUUGCUUUGAAGGAAAAUGCAUCCAGUCGUGCGUCAGCAGCUCACAUGUCCCAAACUUCUUCUACUAUGCUUCAGCAGCGUUAG